AAAGUCAAGUGAAAAUAUUUGGAACCUGAAGCUUACUUUAUUUUUUUUUGUGAAGCUCUGAAGUCAGGUGGCGUUCAUAGGCAGGAAGUCAUGUCCAGAUCGGGGGAUAGAACAUCCACCUUUGACCCAACACACAGUGACACCCUGCUGCACGGGCUCAAUCUUUUAUGGAGGAAACAGCUAUUCUGUGAUGUGACUCUGACUGCCCAGGGACAGCAGUUCCACUGCCACAAAGCAGUGCUGGCAUCCUGCUCCCAGUACUUCAGGUCUCUCUUCUCCACGCAUUCGCUCAACAGCGAGGGGAGCAAAGACCAGGGGAGCAGUGGGACUCCAUCUUCCUCUCCCGAUGACAAGCUCAUAGCCAACACUCGGCCCAUAAACAACCUGGUUCUCCAGGGCUGCUCCUCCAUUGGACUAAGGUUAGUGCUGGAGUACCUGUACACUUCCAACGUGACUCUGUCCCUGGACACAGUGGAAGAAGUUCUCUCGGUCAGCAAGAUUCUCAACAUCCCGCAGAUCACCAAGCUCAGCGUCCAGUUCCUCAACGACCAGAUCUCGGUGCAGAACUACAAGCAGAUCUGCAAGAUCGCCGCCCUCCACGGCCUGGAUGAGACCAAGAAGCUGGCCAACAAGUACCUGGUGGAGGACGUGCUGCUGCUGAACUUUGAGGAGAUGUGCGCCAUGCUGGACGCUCUGCCGCCCCCCGUGGAGUCGGAACUGGCUCUCUUCCAGAUGUCGGUGCUGUGGCUGGAGCAUGAGAGGGACACGCGGAUGCACUACGCCCCGGACCUGAUGAAGAGGCUGCGCUUCGCCCUCAUCCCGGCCCCUGAGCUGGUGGAGAGGGUGCAGUCAGUGGACUUCAUGAGGAGUGACCCUGUGUGCCAGAAGCUGCUCCUGGAUGCCAUGAACUAUCACCUGAUGCCCUUCAGACAGCACUGCAGGCAGACCAUAGCUAGCAGGAUCCGUUCCAGUAAGAGGCUGGUCCUGCUGGUGGGGGGCCUGCCCCCUGGACCUGAUCGGCUGCCCAGUAAUCUGGUCCAGUACUACGACGACGAGAAAAAGACAUGGAAGAUCCUCACGAUAAUGCCUUACAACAGUGCCCAUCACUGUGUGGUCGAGGUGGAGAACUUCCUGCUUCUGCUUGGUGGGGAGGACCAGUGGAACCCAAACGGCAAACACAGCACGAAUUUCGUCAGCCGCUACGAUCCCAGAUUCAAUAGUUGGAUACAACUUCCUCCUAUGCAGGAGAGGAGAGCCAGUUUCUUCGCCUGCCGCCUGGAUAAACACCUGUAUGUGAUUGGCGGCAGGAACGAGACGGGCUAUCUCUCCAGCGUGGAGUCCUUUAACCUGGAGACUAACGAGUGGAACUAUGUGUCAUCUCUGCCCCAGCCUCUGGCAGCCCACGCCGGAGCAGUGCACAAUGGGAAAAUCUACAUCUCAGGAGGGGUGCACAAUGGAGAGUACGUUUCCUGGCUCUACUGCUACGACCCCAGCAUGGACGUGUGGGCCAGGAAACAGGACAUGAACACGAAGAGGGCCAUCCACACCCUGGCUGGCAUGAGCGACCGCCUCUACGCCAUCGGCGGCAACCAUCUGAAAGGGUUCUCCCAUCUGGACGUGAUGUUAGUGGAGUGCUACGACCCCAAAGGAGACCAGUGGAACAUCCUGCAGACACCCAUCCUGGAGGGCCGCAGCGGGCCUGGCUGUGCCGUGCUGGACGACAGCAUCUACCUGGUGGGCGGCUACAGCUGGAGCAUGGGAGCCUACAAGUCGUCCACCAUCUGUUACAGUCCGGAGAAGGGGACGUGGAUGGAGCUGGAAGGGGAGGUGGCCGAGCCCCUGGCAGGACCGGCCUGCUCCACAGUCAUACUACCUGCCUGUCUGCCCUUCAACAAAUAGCAGC